AUGAUGGACGCUUCGAUCAACAGCUACAGCAGCCGCGGCAACAACGCACGGGCACGCCCAGCUUUCCUCCCCGUUCAAGACUUGGAGGAAGGACAAGUUCCUGUGGCUCCUACGCCGCCAGCACCGACCGAUGCCUGUCUUGGUGGGUUAGAAGCGCCAACGGCAGAAAACACGGCCAAUUCAGAAGGAGACAGCCUGAUUGAACAAGUUGGUCAAGACUUGCUGGAUUCGUAUGAUCGUGACGUGAAUAAGGAAGAUGACAAUGGCGAUGAAACUGAAGGCAAAUAUGACGAUGAAGCGAUCGCAGAGAAGAAGAAACAAAUCAGGAACGCCAUGGGAUGUUUUGCGGCUUUUGCCAGUGUCGUAAUCAUCACGAUUGUGUUGAUCUUUUUGCUCAGAGACAAGCGUCAUGUAGACGAAGUGUACAUGAGGGCGUUGGUCCCCAAUUACACUCUUUGGGCAUUCAAUGAUACCAACUCGUCCCAAUCAGAGGCCCUCCAGUGGGUAUUGGCUGAUCCAGACUUGCAAGAGUAUCCUGACGGACGCUUGUUGCAACGCUUGGCCUUGGCCACUCUGUUUCACGCCCUCAAUGGCACGUCGUCCUGGAAGCAAGCCGAUGGGUGGCUCAACUAUUCCCAUCACGAAUGUGAAUGGACUACGGCACCCCUUCAGCCCAAAUCGGUCCACGAUCACUUGCUCUUGGAAGCCUUGGGUGGAGACCAAGACGAUGUUCAGCCGGGACGUCAAGCACCACAGCCCUGUCAAUUGGAGGUUGUUGGGGACGAUGAAGCCUUUGUUCUGGGACCCUACGAGCACUUGGAACUCUACGAAAACCAUCUCGUAGGAAACCUCCCUCCUGAAGUGGCAAUCUUGACGGCCUUGAAGACGUUGGUGCUGGAUGCCAACUCUCUCACUGGAUCUCUUCCCACCGAGAUCAGAACCAUGUCCAAGUUGGAGAUUCUGAGCUUGCGGGACAACGAGCUCACGGGACGCUUGCCGGGGAUGGAAAAGCCCAACAAUCUCAAGACCCUCGUAUUGAGUGGCAACCAGUUCACUGGAACACUCGGACCCGAGCUGCAGAAUAUAACGCACAUUGAAAACCUUGUCUUGGACCGAAACAAGUUCCAAAACGCAACCCUACCAACCGAACUCGAUCUCCUUAGUCGAUUGGAGUGA